AUCCCAUCUCAAUCUCAUCUUCUUCCUUCGCCAUUCCUCCCAUUCCACCUCUCUCUCUCUCCCUCUUUCCCUCUCUCGGUUUCUUCAAGUCAUUUUCCAGCUUAAUGGCGGGGUCUUUGAUGAAGGGUAACUAGCCAUUGAAAGGCGGAGCAAAUGGCGGGGCAAUAUUGAGUACUGACCCGGCAAAGCAAACCCCCUCAAUUAAUAAAGAAGAAACAAUGGAGGAGGGCCGAGGCGUUUUUGUAAGCUCAACAGCCGGUUCUCUCCUGAUCAUGGCUAGUAUCAGCAGCUGAAGGGUCGGGUAACUGCCUUCCCUCCGUUUCUUUGCUUCACUUUCUACCUCUUGAGCUGAGGAAACUGCUGAGAAAGAGAUUAAGACUUUGGUUGCGGCAAUUCAUCAAACACCUUGCGACUCCAUCACUCCAAGGUAAACUGCUACCACAUGGCUUGUAGAUAAAAAGAGGUAUUUCGUUUGCAUAACUUGGCGCCCCCAUGUCGAGCAAUAAUUCGUAUGCAAUGGAGAGGAGAUCAUUUCCUAGGAGCCCUUUGCUGAAGAAUUCCAUGCCCAGUAGUCCCUAUCACAUGAGCCCUAUGCUCAAGAGUCCCAUGCCGAAAAGCCCUGCUCGUUGCGAGACCUACAAGUCUAGGUGUGCUCACUGUUUGCUUGGUUUCUUCCGGUUUCGACAUAGCAAUUCGAAGAAGCUGAUUUCGGACAGCAGGAGUGCUAGCAGGCAUUAUGGUGAUGAUCGAUCUGCGAGAAAUAAACUGGAUUGGCACCCUGUCGUUGAUGAAAAAUGUGAAUGCAUCAAUACUCAAGGGGAUCCUAGGAACGCUGGACUUAGAUCUGGUCAUAAAGAGAUGCAGAAAAUCAAAGGGCAAGAUGUAAAAUCCGAUUCUAAAAGUGUUAGUAGCAGAACAAAGCGCCACAAGAAGCGUAGAAGGGCUCGACGUUUGCCUAUAUAUGGUUGUUACGAUGUGGCAACUAUGGGAUUUGGGAAAACAGUUCCUGAACGGUUGAUGGACAGAUCAUCAAAUGAAGAAGAGUCCAGGGUUGCAGCAAGUAAAGAUCCAAGUGAUUCAAGUACUCCUCCAAAGGAAGAGAUCAAUCUUCAAGUCCAUAUGAAUGAAGCAGCUGAAGCAUUUAUAAAUCAGAGAUUUACUGAUGGGCGACUCCUUGGUGAAGACGAAGGCAAAGUCCAGUCGAAACAUUUCUUGGAUGCAUUAGGUGUUCUGAACACUAAUAAGGAUUUAUUUGCGAAACUCCUACGAGACCCCAACUCUCUACUGGUGAAACAUAUAGAAGACUUGAGAGAUUCUCGGCAAAAGGUAUCGGCCAUUGCUAAUGAGCCUCUAGAGACAAUUGUACUGUUGAAGCCUGAUGUAAACAAGUGCGACUCUUCUGUAGAUCAGCUUGUUCUAAGUACGGUGCAACAAAGUGCGAGGCCUGCAUUCUCUUCCUUCACACAAAUGAAAAGGAAGUUGAUGAAGGCAAUUGGAUCACGCAGAAAAGCUCGUCCAUUAAUACAAGAUGACUAUCCAGAGAACAAGGGUAAACAAGGGAUGGAAGAAUGUGACCAAGGAUCAGAACUGGAGAUUGCUGAAACCAACUUGCUUGAGCAAAGUUCUCCUCGGGAGAUCCAAACUAAGAGUAAAGAAAACAGGCUAAGACAGAUUGAGACAGCUGUGAGAAAAGAGUCCAGUCCAAGCAGCUGUAAUAGGAGCUCAACAGUUGUCCUUCUAAGGAAGGACAGACCCAAAACCUGGGAUGGAAUAUGCUCUAUUGACGAGGUUGAUUCCUUGCAUACAGUUGGUCCUCGAGGAAAGAGGGAGCUUGGCUUUGUCACCCCCCAAAUGAGAAUCUCACCUUCCAGCAAUUCUCAAAUAGUACAAGAGAGCAAGUGUAGGAAUCAAAGAGGAAUAGAAAUCAACUGCCCAAGUCCUCUAAGGCAAAGCCUAGAGGCUACGCGUUGGGUGGAUGCUAGGGAAAGCUUUGAGAUGCUUGAAACAGAAUCAGCCAAGCCGGAUGGAUUCAGUUCUAAUGCUUGUGCCAGCCCUGAAGGACAAGGUGACAUACAUUUUGAAGGCAUUAGUCCUCCUAGAACGCUUUCUGAUGGCAGACAUGAAUGUGUAGAUGCACCAAGACCAUUCGAUCCCUUGAGACCGGACUAUUUGUUUGAAAGCCAAGUAAUGCCAUCUUCAGAAGCUGAUUAUAUGUCAAGCCCGCCACAGGCCAGUAGGAUUGAAGGUCUGGAUAUAAAAAUUGAGGACAAGCCAGAACAUCCUAGUCCAGUUUCUGUUCUUGAGCAAUUCUGCACUGAAGAUAUCACUAGCCCCGUGAGCCAAAAGUCUAAUCCUGUUGAUCCAUCAGACCUGUCAAUCCGAACUGUAUUUCAAGAAAAAUGCUCUGCCACUGUUCAGCACCCAGCUCUGAACUCUGAUCCAUCUCUGGAAGAGCACAGAUCCAUGUCAGGACACAUUUCCUCCAUAUUGCAUGCUGCGAUCUCGAGUUGGGACGAGCUCCUAUUGAGGUGUUAUUUCUCAGACCCGCUUCUCCUAGAAAUUGUACUUGAUGAAGUGGAUAUCUGCUUGUGCAACGAUCGAAUACUCUUUGAGUACAUCAAUGAAGUUCUUCUGGAGGCCUACGACCAUUGUCUGAGAUGCUCUCAUUGGCUUUCAUCAACGGAAUCAAAGCUUCGGCCAGUUUCAGUAGCCGAGAAUGCAACUCGAGAAGUGAUGAGAUGCAUCGACUGGGACCUCUUUCUGCACCAUCCCAUGGAAACUGUGGAGGAGAUCAUCGUGAAGGACUUGGUUAAUUCGAGGACAUGGAAGGACUGCAAAGGUGAAACUGAUGACAUUGUUAGAGACACAGUAGAAAGUAUUAUGCAAGACUUGAUCAUGGAGUCUGCUGAGCUAAGCAACUCGGCCCAUUAACACAACAGCAACAAAAAGGUUCGAGAAUUUUGCCUUGAAUCAUGCACACAUGGCUCAAAUUCGUUAUACACUUGUAUAGUUUGGAUAAGCACCAGUGCACCACCCUCCAAGAGCCACCUUAUAUAGAGAACUUGUUCAAAUGUGUUAUUUCUUUCUUCAUCUUGGAAGUGACAUACCUUGAACAUGUUUCUUGUUAUACAAGAAUAUUGAGGGUUUUGUUCAUUGCAUUUGUUUUUUGUAUGUCUGCUCUCUUUGUAAUUGUUAGUUGGAGAAAUUGUUUAGGAUCUAUUGGUCUUUUGUUCUGGUGACAUACUGGCAAUUGGCUAUGAAAGCUUUUACAUCUGCUGCAGAAUUUUAACAGAAAA